AAAAAAAAAAAAAAAAGAUUUCCUUGGGGACUUGAGCGAUCAAUUUUAGCGGAGAGAUAAUGGCAGAAUCUGUGUUGUAGGUGUUCUGUUUUGAGAGUACAAUAACAUGUUUGGACCACAUUACCUCUCCAAAAUCAAGUUUCUAUAUUCAUAAUUCAACUGAAAUGCUGUGUAAAAGCUCAUUGGUGACCCUGUUACGAAAUCCAGUGACCACAUCCCAAAGUUUUCCGUCUUCAAAUAUUUCAAACUGCUAUAUCUUUUUUUUCCACAAAACUUUCAUCUUUAUGGUUUUCUUGACAUGCACUUCACCAGAGUCCUCCUUGUUAAGAGGGUCUAAAGAGUGGAUAUUAUUAUUGGUUGAAAUAUAAAGCAUGGCUUUCUCCUUGCUGUCCUUUUCCCUUCCUAACAUCACUAUAAUGUCUGUGAGGUGAGCAUGCAGGCAGGAGCCCUUUCCAUGCACAGAAAGUAGUUUGCUCUACAGUGACAAUGUUCAUAUGUAUACAGCCCCAAAGAGGUACAAGUAGGCUUCUCUCUUCAUGUGCAAGGACUCUGCAUGAGCAUUAUAAUCAAAAAGAAGGAAAUUGGAUUCAGUCUCAGUACAGUUAUCAUUGUUCUUUGUUUUAAAGUCCAAUUGCUAUUGAGAAUUUACUCCUUGUUGACUCCAUUUAUUGCUUUCAGGCACUGACAUAGCAGAAUGCAGAGAAAGAACUUCACAGAAGUGACAGAAUUCAUCUUGGGAUUCUCUAGUUUGGGAAAGCAUCAGAUAACCAUCUCUGGGGUUUUCCUAACUGUCUGCAUUUUAACUCUGGCCGGUAACAUCAUCAUUGUGACUAUCGUCUGCAUUGACCAUCAUCUCCACACUCCCAUGUGUUUCUUCCUAAGCAUGCUGGCUAGUUCAGAGAUGGUGUACACACUGGUUAUUGUGCCACGAUUGCUUUGCAGCCUCAUUUUUCAUAACCAGCGUAUCUCCUUGGCAGGCUGUGCAACCCAAAUGUUCUUUUUUGUUAUCUUGGCCAUUAAUAAUUGCUUCCUGCUUACUGCAAUGGGCUAUGACUGCUAUGUGGCUGUCUGCAGGCCCCUGAGGUACACUGUCAUCAUCAGCAAGGGCCUAUGUGCCCAGCUGGUGUUUGGGUCCUUUGGCAUUGGUCUGGCAGUUCUCCAUGUGACAGCCAUGUUCAGUUUGCCCUUCUGUGGCACAGUGGUGGACCACUUCUUUUGUGACAUUUACCCAGUCAUGAAACUUUCUUGCAUUGAUAUCACUAUCGAUGAGAUAAUAAAUUAUGGUGUAAGUUAAUUUGUGAUUUUUGUGCCCAUAGGCCUGAUAUUUACCUCCUAUGUCCUCAUCAUCUCUUUCUUCCUUAAAAUUGCCUCAACUGAGGGCUGGAAGAAGACCUUUGCCACCUGUGCCUCCCACCUCACUGUGGUCAUUGUCCACCGUGGCUGUUCCUCCACUACCUACCUCAAGCCCAAGUCAGAAAACUCUACAGAACAAGACCUCCUUCUGUCAGUGACCUACACCAUCAUCGCUCCCCUGCUGAACCCUGUUGUUUACAGACUAAGAAACAAGGAGGUCAAGGAUGCUCUAUGCAGAGUUGUGGGCAGAUAUAUUUCUUAACACAUUGGAUUAUUAAAUCAAGAGACCGUUAGCCCAGUGUAGUGUGUCUACUCACAAACAUGCCACAAUACACAAGUUUAUCAAAUAUAAUAUUUGUUGAGAAUACUGUCAGAGAAUAGAAAUGCUUUUCUAUUUAGUGUUCUAGGGAUGACAGAAAGCAGGAUUUCUGCUCUGGUGAAUUUGGUUACCAGACACAAGACUCACUCCAAGCUAGAUUAAGACUACUUGUCUCUGUGCUUGAAUAUUUCAGCUCUGAAAGCUUUUUGGCUCCCAUUUUACCUGAACUCUCUGAGAGUCAAAUCUUUGAGCUUGUCCGGUUAGGGGAUGUGGAGUAGAGGCAGUGGGAACACAGGUGGCAGGGGUGUUAGGAAAAUAAGUUGCAGAGACACCAACCUUUAUUUCUCUCUGCUUACAUAAAAAAUAAAACUUUCAUUCUCAGGAGUCAAAUAAUAUUCCAUGUGACAGUCAUUUUGUAAUUAUAUCUUAAUCUUGCUGAUUGAAAAAUGAACAGCUUUGAAAAAAAAGUGUCUUCUUUUAUUAUCCAGCUGUGUUCGCUCCUCAAAUAGUGUUCAUUUCUAUGUGCAUGCCUUCCUUCUGUGCAAUCAAGGCAGAAAUCUCUGCUGUUCCAUAGGGGAUAAGCAGAAAGGACACAUACUGGUGGCUUUUCUCUGAAGCUACAUUUUUAUCCAGAUGCACUUUUCAUAAAGACUUGUCUCUUUUCAACUUAUGGUAGUUUUUUAGAUUUUUAAUGUAUAUGUAGUAGUUUCACUGACACUGAAGUUGUUGUCUUAGAUAUUGGUUGUACUAAUUCUAGGGUCCAAGGUAAAUGCCAUUAACUUCCAUUCUCUCAGAAAACUGUGCAAGCUUCAUAUUUUUCCAGAUAUUUAUUUGCAAAAUAAGCAUAACUAUGCUACAUUAUUGUAUACACUCAAUGGGAAACAUUGUGGGAAUAUUUUGUUUUAUGAAUCUUCCCACCAGAGUUUAUCUCUACUCUGAAACAGACCUGGAAGAUACUUUCUAAGAGACGCAGGUAUGGAAACAUCUGUUUUCACACACUCAUGACAUCUAUUGUUGUUCCAUUCUCAAGUCAUUUUAUCUCUUAUCUCUUACUCUCCUAUCUCUUACUAUCAGGAUUAAGGCAAUUCUGCAAUGAAGGAAAAUAAUUUCAAGUAUGCACUCAGGAUUGUCACCUGUACGCUGUUAUUUUCUCUGUUACUUGAUUCCUAUCUCUUACAGUCCAGUUUUAUUUUUCUGUUCCUAACCACAGAAAUAGGGUUAAGUGUCUUCUAGGUGACCUGUGAUCUUCUCUGUCUUCCACAGAUCCCUUUGUGAGGAGGUCACAAACUGGAGGUGAAGGGUCUCUGCACAGUGUCCCCUUCAUCUGGCUGUCCCAGUUGGAUAACAUCAUAGCUGAUAGCAGGGUCUCCUUACUGACCAGCCUGAUAGCCUUCUCAAAAGGUGUCUGUCUCAACCUGAGGUUCAUAGUUUUCUAGGGGGUGCCUGGGCGGGUUUCAGAAGAUUUUUAAACUUUUUUGAAACUAUUCACUACAUUUCUAAUAUAAGUGUUAAUGUGACUUUUUCAUUGUAUUCUUAGAGAAUUAACUGUGGCAUAAGAAUUUCUUCCCUCAAAUCCAAACAGAAAUAUGAGACUAGAUCCAGCUUUCUUCCUUCAGAGACUAUUGACUGCCACAAUAUCCUUACACCCUCUUAAAUAAGGAUCCUUUGACCUGGUCCAGUUUUGCCUAUAUAAGCAUUGCUGUUCUUACACUAGUUAGAGAAUAUGGAAGGUAUGGGGGGUUCUCAGCUUGGAGGUUGAGGAAUAAUGGAUUUUGGGGGAAUAUCAGAGGCCAAGUGUGGUCUUAUUGAAAGUUUUUCGAUCUUCUUCCAUCCCUUCCUGUAUUCCUUCCUGUAUUCCCUAAGUGUUUCAAUACCAUCCCUGCUCUCCAACACUUUGUGGAUGAGUGAAUACCCCACUAGUGUUAGUUGUUUUACAUACUUUGCAUGGAUUUAGACUCACUAGAGAAAGAAGCAUCUACAGGCAAAGUGCAAUAGGAUAAGAGUGGGUAAGUCUAUGUGGUCACAGAUCCCUCCUGGAGGAUGAAUUAGGAAGAGAGAGUCAUUUUGUUGCUGCUUCCUAUUGUCUAUGAAAAUGCUUAUAUUGAUAAUUAAUGUGGCGAUUAUUUUCGCUAUCUCAAUUAUUUUUGUUGUCAUUAUCAUCAUCAUGAUUAUUCCUCAAUGUCUCACUCUAUCCAUACUCCUUUAUUUUUCUUCUUUUGUACAUUUCAAAUACUUUUAUUUUAAUAUGAUUUUGUUAAGCUCUUUUAUUCACCAGAAAAAUAGUCAUAAUAUCAUGUAUUUAUUAAAUCAAUGUACCUUUUUCAAGCACUAUGUGUCAAGCAAUUAACUAUCUCUGGGGUUACAAUAAUGACUAAUGUAGAGAUUCAGUUUCUUGUUAUUCACAGUCCAGUGUGAAGGCAGACAAAAUAACAAGAAGUACAAAAACUUGCUAAAGGCACAUGCACAGGAUUGUCGUUUGGGGUCGGGGUGUUGUUCAGAAAAGGAAUCUAUUUAGAAGGUCAGAGAACACUCAUAGAGAGGUGAUAUUUAAUUAACUUUUUGUGGCGUUGGGUCAACUGGUGUCUGCAAAGGAUGAGGGAAGAUGAUAAGGGAAAGAGAAGAGUCUGACAGAGACACAGAAACCUGAAAAAGCCAGAAGUGUUAGUUGGGCAGGUGUUUUAUUCACCUGUAUGCCCACUGCCCUGUUGAAUACUAGUCUGGCAAAAAGUAAGUGCUUAAUAUACCUUUGCAUGAAUGAAUGUGUGAACAUCUAUUGAGUACAAAGUCUUGUUCAAUAAUUUCCUCAGGUGUAUUUUUUGAUAGAUACAUCUUGUCAUAUUCUUUCUGUUUGUCUGAUAGACUCCUUUUACCUAAAAUCAAGUAACAGAGAAAAUAACAGAGUACAGGUGACAAUCUUGACUGCAUACUUGAAAUUAUUUUCCUUCAUUGCAGGAUUGCUAUUUAUCAUAUAUUUACAUUAGUUAGCCACUUAAAAUUGUACACUGGACUAAUAUAUUUUAGCUAUAAGCAGGACCAUUAGUUUGACAAUAUUUAAAAUAAUUGCUUGAAAACCUGACAUAUAAAAUCAAGAGUUAAGACAUUUAAACAUUUACCUUUAGAAAAAUUAUGAAAAGACUAUUAUGGAUCUUAUAGCUUCUGAAAAUGAUUUUUACAGUGUUGACUUUGUAACUUCUUUAGAGAAAAACUAGUUUUGCCUGAUAUCCUUUUACAUUCAUCAAUUGUAACCUAUAAUGGAUUAGAUGAGAAAAUGGCUGCAGCACUCCCAACAAUGAGUAGAAUAAUACAUUUUAUUGAUGGGUGCAAAUGUUUCUGGGAGAAGAGAAAGGAGGGAAGUGGUCAGGAGAGAUAAACUUAAGCCAAAGAUAAGCAGGUAGUACGUGCCAUACAGAGCUUAACUUUUAAAAAGACAUGUUUAAAGGGUACAAGAACCUAAGGUAGUUUUGUUGUGCUGCUAAGGUGUGAACACAAGUGUGAGUGUGUGUGGUGUGUGUGUAUAUGUACACAUGCAUGCAUAUGUAUAUUUUUGUGGGAGGGUGCUAA